AAGUGUAAUGUGUUUUGUCGUUUAGCCCGGAUGAACCACGUGUCAUGUCCUUGGGAUAGAACAACGGUAACCAUACAACAAAAUCGCUCAGAGCGAAGCCGCGAAACGAUUCAUACAAUAUUCUGAAAUCACUUGCAAAUGCUGUCCACUGCCGUCACGUCCUCUCUAGUCCUCUACAAUCACAAUCCAAUACUUCGACCUAACUUCUGUUCCUUCAGAGUCCGUUCAUCCUCAAGUGUACAAGAGAUCAAUGAGUCUGUUAGAUCAACGGCGGAGGAGAGGACGCUGGGCACGGGGUUGUACGCAUCGUUACCGUUCCCGCCGAUAAAGGCGGCGAAGCGAGUGGUGCUGGUUAGGCACGGGCAGAGUACGUGGAAUGAGGAGGGAAGGAUCCAGGGGAGCUCUGAUUUCUCUAUCUUGACCAAGAAGGGCGAGGCUCAGGCUGAGACCUCCCGUUUCAUGCUAUUGGAUGACUCCUUCGAUGUCUGCUUCAGCAGUCCCCUAAUUCGUUCAAAGAGAACAGCUGAAAUCAUAUGGAGCACCCGCAAGGAGGAUAUAAUAACAGAUUCUGACUUGAGAGAAAUUGAUCUUUACUCAUUUCAAGGCCUCUUGAAACAUGAGGGAAAAGAAAAGUUUGGUGCCGCUUUUCGUCAAUGGCAGGUAGAUGCUGCCAAUUUCAUUAUUGAUGAUCACUAUCCAGUAAGAGAGUUAUGGGCACGUGCUAGAAGCUGUUGGAAUAAGAUCCUAGCUCAUGAAAGCAGGUCCGUUCUUGUGGUUGCUCACAAUGCUGUUAAUCAGGCUCUUGUUGCAACGGCUAUUGGAUUAGGAACAGAGUAUUUCAGGAUUUUACUUCAGAGCAACUGCGGAGUAAGUGUGCUGGAUUUUACCCCAGGAGCUGAGGGUCAGUCUCCUGAUAUCUGUCUCAAUCGGUUGAAUCAGACACCAAAUUCACCCAUUGCUUCUGGAACUUCUGGAGGCAGGAAGACCAGUAAGCGGAUCAUACUUGUCUGUCAUGGAUCCACUCCGGGUGACACUGAGGCUAGUUCUCCUGAUUUUGUGGAUCAGCCAAUGAACAUGCUUGGGUUAAUACAGUCCCAGAAAACUGCAGAGCUUCUUCUUGACCUUAAAGUGAGCUCUAUUGUCAGCAGCCCCAAGGAUGCUUGUGUCAAGACUGCCAUGGCCAUCUCUAGAGUGCAAGAGGCUGCAGAUUGCUUGGGUGCUGAUUGUGUCCCACGAUAUGUAGAGAUGAAGCAAAUGCAGGACCUUGAUGUUGAGCACAUCCUUCGGCAAUCAAGAAAGGAAGCAGCUGAAGUUCCACCGCUCCAUCCCAAAUGGAUAACUGGAUUAGAGGAUGAUGCCAUAUCAAUUUUAUGGAACCAGUCAGGGAAAGCCUGGCAAUCUAUUUCAGAUGAACUCUCCGAAGAAUCUGAGCCAGAGAAAAUUGUUGUAGUAGUUGGUCAUCCUGCGAUUCACAUAGCAUUGAUGGGGCACUGCCUAAAUCUGACAAAAGAAUGGAUGGGAUCGUUUCAUCUUGACGCUGGAAGCAUCAGUGUCAUUGAUUUUCCAGAUGCAAGAGGCAUUAUUAGAUGUAUAAAUUACACCGCUCACUUGGGGAGGUGGUCGAUUCCUAUUACGAGACCAACCAUGGAUGAUGAGGAGUUCUGAGCAGUGAAUGUGAAUAUGUAUAGCUUUACUAUUAACUAGCAACUUAUGUUCAGACUCGAAGUAGUAAAGAACUGUCCGACGGUUAAGUUGAUGCUUUCUUGUUGAUGGCUUAAAUUAACUGGUCUUGCUGUUGUCCUGGGGGGAUUUAAUAAUAUCGAUAGUUCUGCUAAUUAUGAAA